CUUUUCUUAGUUUUUAACAGAGGAGAACCUGACACAGUGUUAAGCACUGUCAACUACUAGAUGUGCCCCUGAAGGGUCCCCAAAAUGAGAUUUCCAGCAACAAUUGUGUGGCUUAUGUUAUGGACUGUUUGUGUCGCAAAAGAUUGUCAAGAACCCCCUCCAAGAAAAGAAACAGAAAUUCUGUCAGGUUCUUGGACUGAACAAACAUAUCAAGAGGGCACUCAGGCUACGUAUAAAUGCCGCCCUGGAUACAGAACUCUUGGGAGUAUUGUAAUGGUAUGCAAGGAUGGAAAGUGGCUAUCUCUUCAUCCUUCGAGGAAAUGUCAGAAAAAGCCCUGCGGACACCCUGGAGACACUCCAUUUGGUUCUUUCCAUCUUGCAGUAGGAACUCAGUUUGAAUACGGUGCAAAGAUUGUUUAUACAUGUGAUGAGGGGUAUCAGAUGCUGGGUGAGAUGAAUUUCCGUGAAUGUGAGACAAAUGGAUGGACCAAUAAUAUUCCCAUAUGUGAAGUUGUUAAGUGUUUACCAGUGACAGAACCAGAGAAUGGGAAAAUUUUCAGUGGUGCCCUGGAACCAGACCAAAUAUAUACUUUUGGACAAGCAAUACAGUUUGAAUGUAAUUCAGGCUACAUACUUGAUGGACCUAAACAAAUACAUUGCUCAGCAGAUGGUAUUUGGAGUGAAGAAAAACCGAAAUGUGUAGAUAUUUCCUGCAAACAACCAACCAUUUUAAAUGGAUAUCCUGUAUCUCGGAAGGAAAUUUAUAAGGCAAAUGAACGAGUUCAAUAUAAAUGCGCAAGUGGUUUCGAAUACAGGGAAAGAGGAGAUGCCACAUGCACUGAAUUUGGAUGGGCCCCAGUUCCUUCAUGUAAAGAAAUAACAUGUGAUCCUCCUUAUAUUCCAAAUGGUAUUUACACACCUCAAUUAACCAAAUACAGAGGUGAAGAUAAAAUCACUUAUGAGUGUAAAAGUGGCUUUUCUCCUGUGAUCCAGGGAAAUGUUGCAAUGUGCACGAGUCAUGGCUGGUCACCUGCUCCAAGGUGUUCCUUCAAACCUUGUGAUUUUCCAGUAAUAAAACAUGGAAGGCUAUAUUAUGCACAUAGAAGAUACUUUCCAGCAAGCUUAGGUCAACAGUUCUCCUAUCACUGUGAUCAGUAUUUUGUGACUCCUUCACAAAGUUCCUGGGAUUACCUUACUUGCACACGAAAAGGAUGGUCCCCAGAAGUACCGUGCCUCAGACAAUGUACUUUCAAUUACUUGGAAAAUGGACAUUACCCAAAUUACGAAGAAAAAUAUUUACAAGGUAAAACUGUAACAGUUCGCUGCUAUAAUGGCUACAGUCUUCCGAAGAACCAGAACACAAUGACCUGUACAGAGAAGGGAUGGUCUCCUCCUCCCACAUGCAUCCGUGUCAAAACAUGUUCAAAAUCAGAUAUACAAAUUAAGAAUGGAUUUUUUUCUGAAUCUACCUUUACAUAUCCUUUAAAUAAACAAACACAGUAUAAGUGUAAAUCAGGAUAUGUAACAGCAGAUGGUAAUACAUCAGGAUUAAUUACAUGUCUGCAAAGUGGAUGGUCAAUGCAACCUGUAUGCAUUAAAUCCUGUGAUAUGCCAGUAUUUGAGAAUGCCAGAGCCAGAAGUGAUGGCACAUGGUUUAAGCUCAAUGACAGUCUGGACUACGAGUGCCUUGAUGGGCAUGAGAGCCAAGAUGGACACACCACAGGCUCAAUAGUGUGUGGUGAAGAUGGCUGGUCUGAUAAACCUGCAUGUUAUGAAAGAGAAUGCAGUAUUCCACAAAUGGGAAACAAUUUAGAUGCUAACCCCAAGAAAGACAGAUAUAAAUUUGGCGACGUGUUGAAAUUCUCCUGCAUAAAAGGACGUAUUAUGGUUGGAGCAGAUUCAAUUCAGUGCUACCACUUUGGAUGGUCCCCUAAUCUUCCAACAUGUAAAGGGCGAGUAAAAUCGUGUGCCCCACCUCCUCAACUCCUCAGUGGGGAAGUUAAAGGGACACAGAAAGAAGAAUAUGGACACAGUGAGGUGGUGGAAUAUGUUUGCAAUCCUGGAUUUCUGAUGAAGGGCUCUCAUAAAAUUCAGUGUGUUGAUGGACAAUGGACAGCUUUGCCCGUGUGUAUUGAGGAGAAGAGUACCUGUGGAGAUAUACCGGAACUUGAUCACGGCUAUGUCAACCGUUCUGCCCCUCUCUAUCACCAUGGAGACUUGGUAGAGUUCAGUUGCAGAGAAACAUUUACAAUGAUUGGACCCAGAUCAGUCACAUGUAUUAGUGGAAAGUGGACCCAGCCUCCUCAGUGCAUUGCGACAGCGGAACUUAAGAAGUGUAAAUGGUUAAAAAUACCUGCAACUGAGGGAAAUCCAUCAGCUACGACUGAAUUUGACCAUAACACCAACAAAACUUACAAAUGUCGAGGAAAAUCAGAGUACAAACACUCAAUCUGUAUAAAUGGAAGAUGGGAUCCUGAAUUAACCUGCAAAGAAAAAGCACAAAUACAGUCAUGCCCACCCCCACCUCAGAUUCCCAAUACUCGAGAUAUGACAACUACAGUGACAUAUCAGGAUGGAGAAAAAAUAUCUAUUCUUUGUCAAGAAAAUUAUCUAAUUCAAGAUGCAGAAGAACUUGUGUGCAAGGAUGGGAGAUGGCAGUCAAUCCCACGCUGUAUUGAAAAACUUCCAUGUUCUCAACCACCUCAAAUAGACCAUGGAACGAUUAAAUCAUCUAGCUCUGCAGAAGAAAGGAGAGAAACAUUUGAACCCAAGCUUUAUGCGCAUGGCACCAAUUUAAGUUAUACCUGUGAAGAUGGUUUCAGGAUAUCCGAAGAAAAUGUGAUAACAUGCCACAUGGGAAAGUGGAGUUCUCCCCCUAAUUGUGUAGGACUUCCUUGUGGACUUCCACCUUUGAUUCAGAAUGGUGUUGUAUCUAAUGAGAAAGGCAGUUACCAAGAUGGAGAAGAAGUUACAUACAACUGUGAUGAAGGUUUUGGGAUCGAUGGACCUGCAUCUAUAAGAUGUUUAGCAGGAAAAUGGUCCCUUCCCCCGGAAUGCAUAAACACAGAUUGUGUUAACGUACCCAGCUUUAAUGAUGCUGUACUCAUAGACUGGAAGAAGAAAUUGUAUAGGUCAGGAGAACAGGUGGCUUUUAAAUGUCUACCAUAUUAUCAAUUGGAUGGAGCCAAUACUAUACAGUGUAUUAAGAGCAAAUGGAUAGGAAGGCCAGCAUGCAGAGAUGUUUCCUGUGUGAAUCCACCCAAAGUGGAAAAUGCGAUUAUACGAAAAGAGAGAUCUAGAUAUCAAAAUGGUGAGAGAGUACAUUAUGAAUGCAUCAGGCCUUAUGACAUUUUUGGGGAGGCUGAUGUGAUAUGUUUAAAUGGAACUUGGACAAAAGCACCUCAGUGCAAAGACUCUCAAGGAAAAUGUGGGCCUCCCCCACCAAUAGACAACGGAGACACUACCUCAUUCCCGGCACCAGUAUAUCCUCCAGGAUCGACAGUUGAGUACCAGUGCCAGUCCUACUAUGAACUUCAGGGAAACAGACACAUAGUAUGUCAGAAUGGAGAGUGGUCAGAACCACCAAAGUGCUUAGAAAUGAAAACGUGUGAUUUUCCAGAGAUAAAACAUGGAACCAUAUAUGAUGAAAACAGUUAUAAACAAAUCUUUCCAGUUGACAUAGGGAAAUAUUUCUACUACACCUGUGAUCACAGCUUUGUGUCCCCUUCACAAUUACUCUGGAAUCAAAUAAUCUGUACACAGGACGGAUGGUCACCAAGACCAAAGUGUCUCAGACAGUGCUUUUUCCCUUGGGUGGAAAAUGGUCAUUCUGCAUCUUCAGGACAAACACACCAGGAAGGUGACACUGUACAAAUUGUGUGUGACACUGGCUACAGCCUCCCAAAUAAUCGGAACAGCAUUACAUGUGCAGAAGGCGGCUGGUCCUCCCCUCCUGAAUGCAGUCGUGACCACUCUCAAGCAAAAUGUGGGCCUCCCCCACCAAUAGACAACGGAGACUUUACAUCAUUCCCGGCACCAGUAUAUCCUCCAGGAUCGACAGUUGAGUACCAAUGCCAGUCCUACUAUGAACUUCAGGGAAACAGAUACAUAGUAUGUCAGAAUGGAGAGUGGUCAGAACCACCAAAAUGCUUAGAUGCAUGUGUAAUUUCAGAAGAAAUGAUGAAAAAACAUAACAUCCAGUUAAAAUGGAGACACGAUAAAAAGCUUUAUUCUAAAACACAUGACACUAUUGAAUUUACGUGUAAACGUGGAUAUUAUCCAAGGACACCAGAGUAUACAUUUCGAACAACCUGUCAGGAAGGAAAAGUGGCAUAUCCUACUUGUGGAUGAAACAGUGGUUAAAACGCAGUUGUAAAAUUGAAAUAUGUACAUUCAUUCAGAAUUUCUCAUUAUUAAUCCAAUUCUCAGUUUCUUUUAUCAAGUAAAUCAUAAUUUAUGUUAAGUAUUAUGUGGAUGAUGUAAUUAUAAUCUGGGAGACCAGUGAAUCACUUCUUAAAAGUACUUCAUUAAAA